AAAAUCACGUGCUUUUCUACCUGAUACUGAGAUAAGAAAAAACUAAGCGCUAUAACCUAAACUUCCUUCAUUACCUGCGUUUCUGUAACGUGAGAGAAGGACCCGGAUGGAGUCAUCUGCAUCUAUAUACGAUCUUUGUGUCUACCUGUCGCUAGGAUACUUUGCCCUCCUCUCCAGAGAGUCACGCCAUUGGUGGAGGGCCGAUGGAGGAAGAGCUGCUGCUCUGGAAGUUUUACCUUCUGCCAUUAAACGUGUUCAACACAAGGCAAAAAGAAAGAAAUACAUAUUUUACAGCCUUGUAAAUAGUUGAUAGCAGAGGAGAGUUAACUUGACUUCGUCUUAUUUUGGACUCGUAUUGUUCCGUCAUGGAGUUUGCAGAAGAGUCGUCGCCGGCUCAGGCUUUCGAGAAGGACGCGUUCGAGCUCACGGUGGAGGACGUGUACGACAUCUCGUAUGUGAUCGGACGAGAUUUAUUGAAAAUAAGCAGCAAAGGCGAAGAAGUGUCGGACUUACAGUUCAGAAUAGUCCGCGUGUUGGAAAUGUUCGAGACUUUGGUGAAUAAGUACAACUUGUCCCUGGAGGAGCUGAGGAUGGAGCGGGACAACUUGAAGAGCGAACUGGACCGGGUCGUCCAGGAGAGCUCCUCCGGGCUGGGCACGCAAACAGCGGGUCCGAAUCAGCUGCUGGUGGACCUCACGGACCCCAACAGGCCGCGCUUCACCAUGCAGGAGCUGAAGGAGGUUCUGCAGGCGAGGAACCAGCUCAAAGCUCAGCUCAUAGUGGCUCAGGAGGAGCUCCAGCUGUACAAAAGUGGGAUUCUGCCACAAGCUGAGCCAGCCAUGGUGGAGGUGGAUCUGGGGACACAGACACCCUCGGGUCACCCGCCAGACAUAAUAAAUGAUUCAAAAGAGGAGAAGAGCACCAUAGCUAAACUGUUUUCAUUCAGGCGAAAAUAAGAACAAUCUCUAGGAACUGACUAUAGAAGAAAAACGGGAGUUGCCGGUACACUUAAUUAACCACUUUUAUAUUAAUUCUUUUUUACCCUGUCUGCUUGUCAGUUUAACAAGCACUGUAUUCUGUACUGGUAAUUUUAAACAAAUUGUUUAUCUUAAGGGAUGUAGUAGAAAUAUAUAUAAUGUUGAAAGUUUGGUGAAGAUAUGAAUUGAAACUGGAAAGUAUUAUCUCAAUAGUAUUGGAGAUUAUGUUGAACGCAUUCACUCGAAAUGAAGUCAGACUUAAAAAUGUAUUUAAAAAAUAUAUUUUAUCGAUGAUACAAGUUCUCAUCUCAAAUCAAAGUAGACAAAAUAAGAUUGUGUCUUUAAUCCAAUAAAGCCACGAGUCCACGCGAAACGUU